CAAUGGGCGAGGCGGGCGGCGCCGCGUGAUGGCCGGGCAGCGCUCGGCUCUGCGCCGCGCUCAGGUGCCCCGCGCCAGGCCCCGCCGCGUAGGGUGAGUGGGGGCGGGGGGAGCGCCGCCCGCCCUUUGUUGGGGCGCGAUCGGGCCCCUCGCCCUGCGGCGGGGCUUAACGAGCCUCAGUUGUGCCGCCGGCUCGUAUGACGGCCAGCUGGGCCGAGGGGCCGCGGGGCCCCGCGGCGAGAGCGGCAGCUGAUCGCGCUUAACUGCGGGCGAGCGGGGAACGGGCGAGCGUGGCGCUGCCCGCCCCGUCCCGUCCCGUCCCGUCCCGUCCGCGCUCAGCCGGCGCCGCUUCCUCCCCUCCGGCCAGGCCCCGGCCGCGCUGCGCCGCCCCCCAUGGAGCUGGAGGCGCAGUGGUGGAGCGGACAGCUGGCGGCAGACAUCCACCAGGCGCUGCGCUACAAGGAGCUGAAGCUGCCCUCCUACAAAGGCCAAUCUCCCCAGUUACAUCUGAGAAGAUACUUUGCAGAUCUGAUUGCCAUUGUGAGCAAUCGGUUCAGACUCUGUCCUGCUGCACGACAUCUAGCUGUGUAUCUGCUGGACCUCUUUAUGGAUCGCUAUGACAUAUCCAUACAGCAGCUGCAUGUGGUUGCUCUUUCCUGUUUACUUUUAGCAAGUAAAUUUGAAGAAAAGGAAGAUAGUGUUCCCAAACUUGAACAACUGAACAGCUUGGGAUGUAUGACUAAUAUGAAUUUGGUACUAACAAAACAGAAUUUGCUUCAUAUGGAGUUACUGUUGCUAGAAACAUUUCAGUGGAAUUUGUGCCUCCCAACUGCUGCUCAUUUCAUCGACUAUUAUCUUUCUAUUGCUGUCCAUGAAACUGAUCUUCAUGAUGGCUGGCCAAUGGUUUGCUUAGAGAAGACUAAGUUAUAUAUGGCAAAAUAUGCUGAUUACUUUCUUGAAGUAUCGCUGCAAGAUCAUGCAUUCUUAAAUUAUGCCCCUUCUUUAGUUGCCACUGCAUGUGUAGCUUCUUCAAGGAUUAUCUUGCGCCUCUCACCAACAUGGCCUACUCGACUACAUCAUCUUACUGCAUACUCCUGGGAUUUUCUAGUGCCAUGUAUUGAACGCCUAUUAAUUGCACAUGAUAAUGAUGUGAAGGAAGCAAACAAGCAAAAAGGACAACAUGCUCAGUCUGCUCAACAUACCGUAUUUCAGACCCCAGGUCCAACUGCCCAGCAGGCUAAUGUUCAACCUCACAUACCACAGUAUCUCCAAGCUCAUCAGUCUUCAUUACAGUAUCAUCAUCAUCAGACAUCACAACAGCAAAACUGUCAACAGAUAGUAUCAGCUAAUCACACAGCAUCUUAUCCACUUCAGACUUGCCCUGCUGCCUUACAGUCUAGUGUCCAGGCUCGAUCGCACGUACAGACUGGUGCUGCCAUGUCACUGGCUGUUCCUCUAGAAGUGAAGCCAUGUAUAAGUGUCUCCUACAACCGAAGUUACCAAGUGAAUGGACGAUAUUCCUGUGUUACUCCCUGCUUUGAGAGGUGAUAAGUACAAAAAUGAUCUUGUACUUGUUUAUGGGGGCAGGAAGUUGCAUUGUGGGGGAAUUAUUUUGUUUUUGUGUCUUUCCAGGAAAAAAACAAACAACUGGAUUGGCAAUUAGUACUGUAGGUCAAAUACAGACUGCUAAAACUAAGCACCCAGAACAUCUGAAAGAAUGUGUAUACCUGGGCAUAGUAACUUCUUACUCAGGCACUCAGAAUAGUCUGUGCUUCUAAUGCACAUACUUGAAAUAUUAGCCAAAAGAAAAAUGGCUGUGGACUAACUACAGAAUUACUGUUUAAUGAAGGAGAUACGCAGUAUUAUUUUUGAAGACAUUUAUGAAAUACCACCAUACAGUAUUAACGUUUACUUUAAAUUUACUGAAACUUAAGAAUCCACUGAAUGCCAGACUUUUCCAAAUAUGUAGGGACCAGAGGAAGAAACAAAUUUCAUUUUGAUAACUCCAUGCUCUUGCUCUUGUGCUGGAUAUUUGUUUUAGAUAUUUGCAUUUGAGUUAACUGGUAUUGUGGCUAAUCUUUAAGUUUUGUACCUCACAGGAUAGACACUAUGUUUUCCCUUCUUUUCUCCUUUCUUAUCCUUUUUGUUUAAAGUAACUCUUUCAUACUAACUCAGGGAAUUUUCUACUCAUUACUUUGCUCUGCUGGUUUGUAUGCUUCAUUGGGUAUAAUCUGAGGGAGAAAGGGAAGAGACCAUAGCAAAUGGAGUGGCUUUUCUUCAGGGCAUCUACAUACCAAGUACCAAAGGGAUGCAUUAGUGGUCACAGAAUGUAGAUGUAAACUACUGUCCAGUAGUGAGGUAUUAAUGAUUGAAGAAAAGAGAAAGUUUCAUCCGAGCUUGUGCUGUGCCAGAAUUAUUACAGUGGCUGUGAUUCCUCCACAUACGUGCACACACAACAACCAAGUAUCCUCCAAUUGUACUGGCAGUAUCAAUUGUACAGGGAAGGGCAGGCAAAUGCUCAUAGAAAUCCAGUUCUGUGUCAGGCUUACAGCAGAGGGAAAUUCUCAGGUAAUAGUGGGGCAAGUUUAUAGUCUGUUUGGGAAUUCCAGAAGAAAAUGCAGAGAUCUACUCUUCUAAAUGGGUGGGUCAAAAUAUAUUGCAGAAUGAACUGCUUUAUCACAAUUAAGGUGUUGAUCAUAUAACUUUAUGAAACUACACUAUCUCCUGUGGAGCAGGUAGUCUGAGGGUAGAAAGCUUCACUGAUCCAACUCUUGCAUGAAAAUGGUAAUGAAGAUACUAGGGAAAAACUUCUUAAAAAUAAAAAAACAAAACACCAGCCUCUCCUGUAGUAGAAUAUGGGAGGAAAUUUGGAUGACGGGAUUCUUACUACUUUAAAAUAUCUGUACAGGACGUAAGCUUAAGGCUUUUUUGUUCGUUCUUUUACCAUCUUCUGCUCAUCUUAGUUGCAACACUUAUGAAGUGUGUACCAUCCCAUUGGGGAUCUUAUGAAGACCACUUUGUCACUGGAGAGAGGGUCUUCCCAUAAUGUUCAGGAGGGAGAGGAUACAGAUACAUUCAUUCGCUCUGGAGUUGAAUGACAACAUGCUACAAAAAUCUAUUUAUUGAUGAGGAGAAUAAAUCCUGUUCCUUUUGUUCUGUUUUCUCUAUGAAUCCCAAUUUUUGUUGUGGGCUUUUGUAGCAUAAAAGUGUAAGUCAAGAGGGGGUUAGGAGGAUAACAAAAGAAAUAACCCUCUCUGUUUUAUUGUUGAGAAUCUGUUUUGAAAUAGACCUAGGGUGGUCAGUUCUUACUUCCUUUAAGUAUAAAAUCUUUUUCCUCAUCUCUCCAUCUAUUAAUGAAUAUUUCCACUUAUCUGAAAGUAGCAUUAAGUUGAGAUUUUCCACCUCAUAAGAUGCCAUGCUUUUUGUUCAGCAUUGUUACCCAUGUUAGAGGGAAAUGGACUUCCACCAGUUUCAUUUUGUUGCAAUGCUAUAUCUAAGUCCUCAGUACUCUUAACUACCUCUGAUACUAUGAAUGUACAGUAAUAGACCAUGACUUGAAGUAACAGCAGAUGCCUGUAGCAAACUUUUCUGCAAGAUCUCCAUCAGCUAACUCAUCAUCUUUAGUUGUGAUGCAGCAGUAUAGGCUUUUCUUUUGUUUUUGGAGUAUUAGUAAAGUUAUUCCAUAGGCAUUUGAUAUAUAAAAGUUUAACUAAUACUUAACACUGGAAUUAUAAUAGGUGGGGGGAUUAUUCAGUUAGUUAAUACUACAAACUUACAUUUAAUAGGGUAUUUUUAUUUGACAAUUUUUAAGGCGUUAGGUCAACUGUAAAGAAAUCCACUACUUGCUGUUUGUUUUUAAUUUAUUACUUAGUCUGAGGUUUUUUUUUCUGACACUACAGCUUCAUAGUGACUACAGAAAAAAUGUAUACUGAACAGUUUUGAUGUAUUAUUUAAAAGGGCUUUACCAGCGUACAUUAAAGAUACACUGGUCUUACUACUAGAACCAAAAUGUUUUCUAUAGCAUAAAUAAGAAUGGUGCUCCUAAAUGCAAAAUGUCCAAAACAAUGGAAUCUUUGUGAGUGCUAUGCAUUCAAUUUAUUUUUAAAAAUAAAACUAGUUUUGAAUAAGAAA